AUGGACCGCAACCCAAAGGACUCAAUGAAGUCCACCUGGCGGACCCAAGCCCGCACAGAGUGGGGACCCUUCCACUGGCUCUUCGAAGUCCUCAACAUCUACCCGGAACACCUGAACACCGACAUCCCCGUACACGCAAAAGAAGACGCCGUCCCCCACGUUCCAGACUGGUCCAUGCACCGCUGGGUCAUCGCGCACGCCGUCAUCCCGCUCAUCAUCCACCAAGCCUACGUGCAGCUGACGGGGCGCAACCUCAGCGCAUUCGCAGCCUUCAUCCUAUACGCAUUCGCCUUCAAGGGCAUCGCCAUCCACGAGCUCUACGCUCUCCGCCGUCUAGGCCACGUCUACGGCUUCCUGGACGGCGACAAGCACGCACGCGACGGUGUGCCAGACGUCGGCGUUGGAAAAGUCGCCCGCUCCCUAAUCUCGACCUCCACCUUCCGGCCCAUGUUCACAGUCUUCAUCGCCUACCGCGCAUCCCAAACACCGGCCACCAUGUCCUUCGCCUGGCUGCCGCUGGAAAUCGGGCUUUAUGGCAUCAUCCUCGACUUCUGGUUCUACUGGUACCAUCGCGCCAUGCACGAUGUCGGCGUCUUGUGGAAGUACCAUCGUACCCACCACCUCACUAAACAUCCGAAUCCGCUCUUGACGCUGUAUGCGGACUCCGAGCAGGAGUUCUUUGAUAUCCUGGGCGUGCCGCUGAUGACGUAUUACUCGAUGCGGUUUAUGGGCUUGCCGAUGGGGUUCUAUGAGUGGUGGAUUUGUCACCAGUAUGUUAUGUUUGCGGAGCUGGCGGGUCAUAGUGGGCUUAGGGUUCAUGCGACGCCGCCUUCGACGUUGAGUUGGGCGUUGAGGUUGUUUAAGGCGGAGUUGGUGGUUGAGGAUCAUGAUUUGCAUCAUCGGAAAGGGUGGAAGAAGAGUCAUAAUUAUGGGAAGCAGACCAGGCUUUGGGAUCGGGUUUUUGGCACUUGUGCUGAGAGGUAUGAGAGUACCGAGAACAAUAUUGAUUAUGAGAAUCAGGUGCCGUUCCCUUUGUGGUGGUGA